UUGAGAGCAAGUCAUUUGAUUCCCCCAUUGGUCAGCUUUUUCUUGUCACUCCAAAAGUGGAUUUUGUUGCAGGAAAUGAAGAUUCAGCAUGUUAUACUUCUCCUGCUGCCCUUGCUGGGCCAGUGUGAUCUCCAUUAUCCCAUGAACUGUGCAGAGCUGCAUGCUAGUGGGGUGGUCAGUGGGGUUUACACCAUCUAUCCUGAUGGUGUUAACUCUGCUGUUGGAGUUUACUGUGACAUGGGCUGUCACAACAGCGAGGAGAGGGCUGUCACAACAGAUGAGGGAGGAUGGACUGUGUUUCAGAGAAGAAUGGAUGGUUCAGUGAACUUCUACAGGCCAUGGAACCAGUAUAAGGAAGGGUUUGGGAAUACCUCGGGCGAGUACUGGCUGGGAUUACAGUCACUUCACCAACUCACCAGAAAUAAGCCACACGAGCUGAGAGUGGACAUGGAAGACUUUGAGGGCAACAGGGUUUUUGCCAGGUACUCCUCCUUCUCUGUCGCAUCAGAGGAAGAGGGAUACAAGCUGACUGUGAGUGGCUUCACCAAUGGAGGCGCUGGAGACUCUUUGACUCACCACAAUGGGAAGAAUUUUAGUACAUUUGACAAGGACCAAGACAAUUAUGAUGAUAACUGUGCUAGCAAAUAUCUUGGAGGGUACUGGUAUGAUACUUGCCAUGUUUCCAAUCCCAAUGGUGUUUACUUGUGGGGCCCUACAGAUCAUUACGCUAUUUCUGUGAAUUGGCACGCCUUUAAAGGGUACCAUUAUUCACUGAAAUUCAUCGCUAUGAAGAUUAGGCAUGUGGCUUAGAAAUCCGUGUAAGAGCCUCUUUGUUUAGAAGUGAUGUGAUACUUAAGGAGUGUGUGGAUUAUUCCAUCUCUCUCUCUCUCUCUCUCUCUCUCUUUCUGAUAUCUUUUUGGAGGUUUUGAUAAAGCGUGAAGUGGGAUUCUGGUCCAUUACCCACAAUUAACAAUUAACAAUUGUUAAUCUAGCUACCUUUGAACUGGUUUUCUUAUAAUAUCACGUUGUACCACAGUACAUGUGCCGCUGUACUGAAUGCAAUGCAAGUCAACGGAGGAAUGGCAUUUACCUGUGUUAAAGACAACUGAAAUCCUACAGAAUAAGGUGGCGAGCAGACAGGACGAUGCACUGAGUGCCGUCUUUUUUCUAUUGUUUUCUUUUGGCAGUGAGCAAUGCGCCUCACGUUUUGUGCGCCUGCUCCUGCCUCGUGUUUUUACAAAGGCGGUCUGAGUUUCAACUCGAAGUGGAAAAGUGGCCAACGUCAUUCACAUUUUUAUGAAAACAGAGUGCACCUCACUUUUUACAAGCGCCAAAGUGCAUCCCUCCUGGCUGAUCGUACCCUAACACAUAGCUCCUUUAAGCCUGAUCCUAGACUGAAAUAAAUGAAAAUCCCCAAGAAGACAAGCUGAGUGUGGGACUCAAUUCAUCUAUAGGAAACUGGACAUUCUUUUUUUAGCGUGGUAUAAAUAUGGUGAUCUGUGUACAAAAAUACCUUAAUAACUGUAAUGGGUGUGGUCAUGCAAUUGCCUAGGUGUUAACUCUUAAUAAACAUUUGAAGCAUA